UAGUAUCACGUGCUUUAAUACUACAGCCACUGGGAGCUUUUGAAAGGAUUUGCAUUUUCCAGCAACAGCAAUGCACGUUUACAAAGAGAUGCAACUAAUGAUGGACAUUUCACAAAAUUGAAGAGACCAAUUUGUAAAAGAAAAUACUUUUUUGUUUGUUUAAUGGGAUAAUGAAGAUAAGAAUGUUCAUUUUUUUUCUUAAAGAAAACAUGAAAUAGUCGCUUUCUUAAUCCUGCCUGUGAAACAGAGAGGUAGAAUGAAUUUACAGUAGCAGGUUGGUGGAAUGACGAGGUGUUGCUAGGCUGUACUCACAGGAACGCCUUGUUUUCAAUACAGAUUGGACAACUAAAAUGAGUCUAGUUAAUGAUACACUGUAGAAUGAGCCGCUUAACAAAAUAAGUAUAUUAACCAUCAGUUUAUUAAUAGGGAAAGUUCACUUCAUUUAUUUUUUGUAACUCAAGUUAACAACACGUGGAGAUAUUUGACACAACUGCUGAGGAUUGUCAGACUGCAGACUGUAAACACUUCCAGAUUGACGCAAGACAACACAGUGGUGGCCAUUCUUUAUUUCUUAUAUGCAAAUAAAAUUGUUUCUUCCAAUUAAUAUGACAGCGAGAAUAAUCCGUGACUAUAUGCUGGACGCCACGGAUUUACAUAGGCCUAUUGCGAUGUGUGGUGAUGCAUGUUUUGGUAGCCAAAAGGUGAUUGACAUUAACAGUAUUCAGUACGUUUAACACUUUCCGUAUUUACUACGGGAGUUAAAAGUUAUCGAGUGUGACAGUUUUUUUUACAUUACGACAAUGGAGACAGGAACUCAAAAGCACUCUCAAAACUACCUCUGCGACUUCACGAACCCCAGCGCCCCCGGAAUCUGCCCGGAGAUGCUAGAGGUAGCCCAAAAGGCAUUCCGGGCCGGCGAUUACUCUCUAGCAGCCGACAUUUACGGCUCACAACUGGCUGAUCUGCAACAUCCCGAUCGGGGUCUGUGUCUCCGAAAAGGAGACGCCUUGGCUCGGGCUGGCCGGAUCGGAGAAGCCCUUGACUUGUACUGCACCGCCGCCAAUCUUGGCAAACUGCGGCCAGAGGAACUCCAGUUGCUGGUGGAGAGCAUUGCUGACAGUCUCCGGGAAAAAGAACUGAAAUUGUCGAGCCUGGAGCGGAAGACAAGCUACGGAAACCAAAACAAUGGGAAAAGUGGCGAAACAAGCGAUUAUGUUAACAAAAGUAAAUGUUCUGUAGACGACGACAUCGAAAAGUUUGGAGAUAUGGACGAAAAUGAAGAAUCUCUGGACCUGUUUUCGUGUCGGGUGUGUACCUGCUUACUGUCAGACCCCACAACGCUACAGUGUGGACACACAUUCUGCAAACGGUGCCUGGAAAACGACGCUGUCACAGAAUGCAAAAGCUGCAAAUACAAACUGAAUAAAAAGAACGGUCAACUUUACCCCAUUGGAUUUAGAGUGAAUGUAAUUCUUGGAAGUUUGUUGGAUAAAUGGUACGAGACCGAGAGCAAGGCCAGAAGAUUAUAUUUGGAAGGCGAGUGCCUCUGUAAAAAGCAAGAAUUUGGGGCUGCUUUAGAGAAGUAUAAUACUGCUAUAGAACUGGCUCCUUUUGAUUACAUCCUGAUGGGAGAACGUGCCAAACUCCACACAGCUAUGAACAAUUACACCCAAGCUGUUCAAGAUGGGGACAGCGCUUGCCGGUUAAAACCUCUAUGGCCCAAGGCACACUAUUUGAAGGCUAUUGCACUGACCAAGGUUGGCAGAAAGGAGGAGGCAUUGAAAGAGUUUCUUUUCUGUGCAGCUUUAAGGCCUGAAUGGAGCUCAGUGAAACUGGAAGCACAAAAGAUCCUGUGUGAGACGUUUUCGUCGGUGUUUGAGAACGACAGCUUUCCAGCUCCUCUACGACCCCAGCCAUCAUACGCACAGCUCAAACCCUCCCUUAACUCCAUCAGCUCGCCGCUUACAGAUGAGAGGCUAAGUGAUGGGUGUUCAAAAGACUCCCUAUUCAAAGUAUCCAAAAUGGCACCUUGCGACAGUAGUGUGUUUACCACUGUUGAGUCUGUGAAGACUCCACACUCUUUGAAUAAACUUGACUUACCCUUUGAGGACACAAAGACUCUGGGGUCAGUGCUGUCCAGUCUUCCAGGCUCGAGCCUCAAGAGGAGAUGCCCCAGCGACUCUGGGCCAUCUCAGGGCUUUGAACUCCCCUACAAAAUUCUUAAACAAGAUGGGGAGUGUUUACCUCAGAAAACUGCAGUCCAUAAAGGGUCACGGGAAGUCCCCAUUCAUCUGGUGGACUCCUCUGAUCUGGAGUGCUCUCUCUGCAUGAGGUUGUUUUAUGAACCAGUCACCACUCCAUGCGGACACACCUUCUGUCUGAAAUGUCUUGAGCGAUGCCUUGACCACAACCCCAGCUGUCCACUCUGUAAAGAGGACCUUUCAUUGUAUCUGGCCACCAAAAUGUACAACAAGACUUUUGUAACAGAAGAAGUGAUCAAUCGCUACCUAUCAGAAGAGCUGGCUGAAAGGAAAACAUUCUAUGAGGAGGAGAUGAAGGAACUGUCCAACUUGAAUAAGGAAGUGCCCAUUUUUGUAUGUACCAUGGCGUUUCCGACUAUCUCGUGCCCUCUACAUGUUUUUGAACCACGUUACCGCCUCAUGAUCCGAAGAUGUAUGGAAACUGGCACCAAGCAGUUUGGGAUGUGCAUAGCGGAUGAGCGCAAUAGGUUUGCUGACUAUGGUUGUAUGCUGGAAGUUCGAGAUGUCAAGUUCUUUCCAGAUGGCCGGUCAGUUGUGGACACUAUUGGAGUGGCCCGGUUUAAAGUCCUUAGCCAUAGCCAAAGAGAUGGGUAUAACACUGCCAACAUAGAAUACCUGGAAGACAAAAAGACAGAGGGAGAGGAGUAUGCUGAGCUGGUGCGACUUCACAACUCUGUGUAUGAUCAGGCUGUUUCAUGGUUUACAUCUCUGAAGGACAACAUGAAGAGUCAGAUUCUCAGCCACUUCGGAUCAAUGCCUGGAAAGGAGUCAGACCCUCAAGCCAGUCCCAAUGGACCUGCUUGGUGCUGGUGGUUACUAGCAGUACUUCCAUUAGAGAACCGAGCCCAGCUGACCAUACUUGCCAUGACAUGCCUGAAAGAACGACUGAUUGCCAUAAGACGUGUGUUAAUUUUUGUCACCCGCAAAAGAUCUUCAUGACGAUGAUGCACACUGAAGUUCAGAUAGUUGGAAUAUGAACUAGUAGCUUUAUUUCUUGGCAUUCAUAGUUCAGCUUGUGCCUGACCACCUUAACAGAUCCGAGUCCAUUGUCCUAUUUAUUUAUAAUUCAGAAGAAGAGGAAAAAUGGUUUAAUUGCGUGAUCCUUUGCCUAGGAUUCAGACUUGAAGCACUAGAGCACCUUAAGUAAUCUUGGAGUACAGAAGUUUGUUUGUGUGUGUGUGUGUGUGCUGCUCAUGGGUGUUGUGUACCUGUAAAAAAGUUAGAAGUUUAACACUGAAGAACAAUACAAAGUAGAGGAUGUCCACCUUUCUUUCAGAAGCUGCUGUUUUUGUCUGUCAUCUCAGAAGAUUUGUGUCCUUAAAAAUCAUUACCAAUUUAUUGUGAAACAUCUCAUACAACAGAACAAUAUUCAUAUGAAACUGCUAAUUUAUAGAUUUUAAUGGCUUGCUCUCAGUCUUCUGGAUAGCACAAAGCUAGUUUCAUUAACAUCUAUACUGAGGGGUUUUGUCUGUAUUUAAAACAUAGUGCCAUUGUACUGUGUAUAACUCUAUUGCUCCAGUAUGCUAAUGUUCAAUGACACCUUUCCGAAAUAAGAUACAAGCUUAAUCUAUAUGUGUCAUCGCUCUAUUCUGGUGUUCUGAAGUAUUGUGAUUGCUGUAUUUAGAUUGUUUAUUUUUAAAAUGUGAAUUCUGGAGGUGCAGUGUGUCAAGUUUCCAUGUGUGGUUCUUUACACGUGAAGAACAGCACAGGUUUGUGGCUGAAAAUAACGUCCACAGAAAGGGAUAGGGUCAAUCUCAUUUACUCAUGAACAUGACGUAAAACACAGGAAAUCUUGUUCUAUGUCCUUUAAACCGAUGGUUUUCAGCCAUGGUGGUCUGCAAUAGCUGCACAGUUUCAUUAUAUACCUCUCGGUUAAAUUAUUAUUUUUUUCUUUAAUUAAUAAGUCGUGUGAUAAAUUAGUUGAAAUAGUAUUCCCUACUAACGAUAUGCCACCCCACCAAUAGGCAUGUGAAAAACAAUUUUGGCAAGAGCAGUAAAACACAUUAUUAAACAACCAGGCACAAGGCAUUUACAAAUCACAGUUUAUUACAUCAUCUUAACACUGUGCUUUAAGGAGGCUGUGUAGUCCAGAGCUUAAAGAAAAGGGCAUUGUUCAAAUCCCGGCUCACUUAACCUCCUUAUGCUCUGUCUUUCGGGUGAGACGUUGUUUUAAGUGACUCUGCAGCUGCUGCAUAGUUCACACACCCUAGUCUCUAAGUUGCCUUGGAUAAAGGCGUAUGCUAAAUAAAUAAUAAACAGUUUCACUCAAACAAGGCGUCACCUCACAACCAUGGAUUUCCAGGUGAGAUUAUCUCCUGUACCGGUUCUCUGUGCAUGGAAACCACAUUUUCCCAAGCUGUCUGCAGAAACAGCACGGCUAAUUUGAAUGUCGACCUCCUUUCCCCUUCAUUUGCAUGACGUCAGUUGAAAAGAGGGUCUUUGAGUAAAAUAAACUGAGCCAAUGGAAACCUGAAAUGUAUAGGGUCAUUUUUCAUUUGGCUGAAGCACAGUGGCUCGAGUAAAAUUAGAACACUCAUGGAAACUCCCCCAUUGAUGUGACUUUAAUCAGGCUGCAUGUACAACCCCCCCCCCCCCCCCCCCCCCUUAAUUACAGGUCCAAUUAUAUAUUAUUAAAAUACUGAAAUUAAUAUACGGUAUGUUACAGGCAAUCUGCCAUAAGACAGUCAUUUAAUGAAUUCGGACACUUUAACUCAGCAAAGCUUCUCAGGGUCUGUGAAAUCAGCUUUUAAGUAUUAUUUUCCUAUCAAAUAAUGAAACUACUGGAGAUUGGUAUAGCAUUUUUUCAAAUGCUUCUUUGUCAGUUGCCUGUAAAAUGACUAUGCAAACAAUUUCUUUGUCUACAUACCGUAGCAACAAGUUGACAAGGUUUAAAUGUCUCUGAGGACCAUUCAGUUAUUCUAUAAGAAUUAAGAACAACACUGUUACUUAUGCUGACUUGUAUUCUUAAAAGAUGAAAAGUAUCAAAUAAAGGGGCACUGCUCUUCCAUUAUUUAGAAAUGUGUUAAAUUACAAUUCCCCUCAACUUGUUCUUACUUACUUGUUGUGUUUUUUGGGAUUUAAAGGUGUAGUGUAUCAUAUUACGUGUUUAAGCCUGUAUUGAAAAUAUCUGCUUUAUAGGUGUUAUAUUUUUAAUAUUGUCAGUAUAACAAAAAAAACCCCCAAAAAAUCAAAUAGCCACCUUCUGUUGCUAGUAAUUGGAAAUGUAAACAAACUGGACUAUUAGCAAGGUCUGCUUUUUAGCAAAAAAGUAAAAUUGACUGUCGGUGAAAUUACACUGUAGAAGUGUCUAGUAAACCCAACACCAUUUGUAAGUUGUUGUACAUGUGUUGGCAACAAAAAUAUAACAGCUUUUUGGAUUUCCCAAUAUGAUGAUUUGAACCUGUAACUACAAAAAAAAGUUCACCCUUUUAUUUUGUAAAACAAGUUGAUCUAAGAGAAGUGUAGCAUGAACUUUUUGGGUGCUAUUGAUGAUUCCUUUUUUGUUUUAUGAUGUUCUGUUUGAUGUAACUAACUUCACACUAACAGUAUUGUUAUUGUUUUGUUAGCUUCAGGGAUCUAUAUGCAGAAACAGUGUACUAUUGAGGCCUUAAAGCUUUUCUGUAAGAGUUCAUAGUCUCUGAGCAUCUACUUGUUGUGCUGUAGUUGUCUUUCAUGGUGUCCAGAAUAAGGCUGGAUAGUUCUUGUUUGGGGUCAUCACAAAAUGCUGCAUUUAUCACUUCAUGUAUAUUUGUAUUAUAAAGAGAAGUAUAUUUGACAUCUGUUGUAUUUAAAAUAAAAAAAGAAAACAAAAAGGUGUACAUUUUUAGGUACAGAUAAAUACUGCAGAAGAGAUGUUUCAAACUUUUUUUGGUUGAAAGCCAUGUCGAUUACCAGAAAUGAAAUAAAAAGACUAAAACCUUUGUUAGCUAAAAUUUUAACAAGCCAAGUAAAAAGCUGCAAAGACCAAUACAAAAGAUAAGGUUAGCUCUCAAAAGAGGCAUAUUCAACAAGACUUAUAGUAUGGCUAACGAGCCAUCGGUUGAACAUACCUGCUGUAUAGGGAAAAAGUUUUGUAUGAGAAAUACUGUGGGCAGAAUUUGGAUUACAAGCUGCUAAUGUUCAUAGAGCCCAUAGAAGUAAAAAAAACAAUUAUAACCUGCAUUGAUUUUAAUUAGGGGUGAGUCCGAAUAUUGGAGUAAUCGAGUAUUCUAAAUAAAAUUACUACUUGAAUACUUUGAGCAAGUUUCAAAUGCUUGUUGAUUUCUAAAACAAAUGGAAAAAUGUGCAAAUAUGGCACUGUAUUUGAGAGGAGGAAGUUAAAAAGUGAUCAGCCACUAGAAUUGUCACCUCGCUGAUAAUUGAUAAUUGCUAUUGGAUAAGGGAGUACAUGAGCAAUGAAAAUGGCAUCUUAAAAAAAAGCAACGCGUGGACGUACAGUAUUUUGAAAAAUGUUAAACAAGACCACCGUGCAAUGUAUCUCUGCAGCACAAGUAUUUCGUUUGAGUUCUGCUGUUACUGGCCUACUGAUAUCGUCUUGAUUCCAGAUUCAGAUGUUUCUUCGCUGUUGCUGUUGAUGUAUUUAUCUGUGCAUCCCGAUGCGUGGUUGCUGCAGUACGUUCUAAGGACCUGCCACCAGAGGGCGAGUAUUCAGGUAUUCAAAACUUUUAUUCUUGGUAUAUUUGAAUAUCUUAUUUGAAAUUCCCACCCCUAAUUUUAAUAUUAAGAGAAAAUUAGUUCCCAACACUCUUAGGUGAAAUGUAAAAAAAAAAAAAAAAGUCAAUACCUGUCAUACAGAGAGAGAAAUAAGUUGCCAAAGUAAGGUAAAAAUGUCCUCUCUUCCUUUUUCUCCCAAUGUUUUUUGCAGACCGCAGGGAGUUUUAUCCAUGCAUAUGUAUAUUACAGGACAGGACUGUAGUAUAUUUCCAUGUUUUGUCAACGUUGUCGACUCUGUAAUUGGAUACAAUAAAAAUGUAGAGAUGUACAGAACUUGUUAGGAAAUGUACUCUGAAUCGACGAGGAAAGGUAACAAAAUCUUCCUACAUGUUUUUGGUAGUUCAUGUACUAUUUUUCAUAUAGGCAAGUCUUGAAGCUGUAUACUAUAUAUUGUCCAAAAUAUUUCACAUGUACAAAAAGUGUCAAGUUAGACCAAGAGGGACCAUUGAAAGGUGUGAUAUCUACAAAAGGGGCCAGGUUUGUAAAGAUGUAAUGUACAAAUAAGACGCUAUUGGGGCAAGCUUGCAGCCUUAUUUUUUUAUGGCAGUAUGAACUAGUAGCAACAUGAAUAAAAAAAAAAAAAGUGGGGGCCAAGUCUUUACAGAACUGGUGCAGUAGUAUUUUGGACUUAAUGGUAGGCUUCAAAUGACAUACAGGUAAAUGUGUAAGAUCUUGUCAAAGCCACUAGAUGGCGAUCAAACAUUGACAAGUGCUAGCAGCACUGUUGAGCACUGAUUCAACAUAAUGCUAACAGGACAGAAUUUUUUACAUUGAAAGACAUAACAAUGUACAUCACGAGUGCUGUUUAAAAAGAGAAAUGACAGCUGUCCUAUUUAAUUAAUUAUUACCCGGUUUGCUAGUUUAAAAU